AUGGUAUGUGUUGAGAGACUCUACAAAAUUUGCCCCAAUGUUCAAUUUCUAACACCCAGUCCUACCAACAAGGUCCCCCACAAGGUGGCUACUAUCAAGGUCCUCCACAAGGUGGCUACUACCAAGGUCCUCCACAAGGCUACCAACAACAGCAACAACCAAUGUAUGUUCAGCAACCUCAGAAAAGCGGAGGAGGAGGCUGCUGCGGAGCAUACUGCGGUACCUGUGCUGCAAUCAUCUGUUGUUGUUGUGCUGAAGACUGCUUGGAUAUGUGUUUUUAGAGGCGUUGUUUUCGGUAAUGUGAAUGCCUUGACCAUAGGGCUGUACAUGUCAACAAUAGACGUUUACGCAUUGACAGGAGUAGUUUGUCCCAAGCCGAACUUGAUCUUGCUUUGUAGUUUACUAUGUAGUAAUAUAUUGUUUUUGUUUCCCAUAUCCUCUCCCUGA